AUGUUAUAAAAACUUUUAAGAUAUUAUUAAUCCUAUCAUCAUGGAGCUUCUAGUAUACCAUUAACAUACAAGACAAUAGGAUAGUAACUUAAAGAUAUAACAGAGAAAUACCCAGACAACAUAGCGGUAUAUAAGAAACUAAUAAUAGAUAAUAUCAUAAUUAUAGGGAAUUGAAAUGAAAUAUUCUGAAUUGUAUACAAGGAGUAAAGAACUUGCGGCUGCUUUCAUAGCUUUAGGAUUAUAAAAAGGUGAUAGAAUUGGGAUAUGGUCACCUAAUAAUGUAGAAUGGGCAUUGACCUAAUUUGCUGCUGCUAUGGCAGAUCUAAUUUUAGUGAAUAUUAAUCCUGCAUAUCAAAGCAGAGAAUUAGAAUAUACACUUAAUAAAGUUGGUUGUAAAGCAUUGAUUAUGAAAUCCACUUUUAAGCAUUCAAACUAUGUAGCUAUGAUAAAGGAAUUGGCACCAGAAUUGGAUGUUCCAGGAAAUCUUUAAUCAAAGAGAUUGCCAUAUUUAAAAAGUAUCUAAAACUUAUUAUUAUAAAAUUAGCUGCAAUUAUAAUUGAUAACAUUCAUAAAAGAGGGUUUUACAAUUUUAAAGAUAUAUUUUCAAUAAGCAAUGUAGAUCACCUUUAUGAAGUAGAUAGUCGUAUGGAGAGUUAAGACCCAGAUGAAAUUACAAAUAUUUAAUUUACAUCUGGAACAACAGGUUUACCUAAGGGAGCUUCUUUAAGCCACAUUAACAUUUUGAAUAAUGGUAAGUAUGUAGGAGGAAGAAUAAAUUAUACAGAAAAAGACAUAGUAGCAAUAUCAGUGCCUUUAUAUCAUUGUUUUGGAAUGGUUCUUGGAAAUUUAGCUUGUAUAAACUUUGGGUCAACAAUGGUUUAUCCUAGUGAUGGAUUUAGUGCUGCUGCUACCUUAGAAGCUAUAACCAAUUAUAAAUGUACAUCUAUUUAUGGUGUUCCAACAAUGGUUUAAAAUUUAAAUUAUUUUAGUUUAUUGAAUAUCUUAAUGAGUAUGAAAAACAUAGAAAUAAGUAUGAUGUAUCUACAUUAAGAACUGGAUUAAUUGCUGGAUCUUUAGCUUCAGAGGCACUUAUGAAAUAAAUUAUUAAUGUUUUAGGAGUAAAAGAUAUCUCAAAUUGUUAUGGAUAAACAGAAUGUAGUCCAAUCACUUGCCAAAAUAAAACCACUGACUCAUUUGAAAUAAAAACAACCAAAGUAGGAUGCCCUCUCAAUGCAGAGGUAAAGAUCAUAGAUGCAAAUGGAAAUGUAGUUCCAUUUGAUACGCCUGGAGAAUAUUGUUCUAGAGGUUAUAGUGUAAUGAAAAAAUAUUGGGAUGAUGAAAAAGCAACUAAAGAAACUAUUGAUAGAAAUGGAUUCUUGCAUAGUGGAGAUAUUGCUACCAUGGAUAAAGAUGGAUAUGUUGCUAUUGUUGGAAGGAGCAAAGAUAUGAUUAUAAGAGGAGGAGAAAAUAUUUAUCCAAAAGAAAUAGAAGAAUAUUUAUCUCAUAUGAAUGGAGUUGAAUAAGUUCAAGUAAUUGGAUGCAAUGAUGAAAAAUAUGGAGAAGAGGUUGUUGCCUUAAUUAAAAUGAAGAAAAAUGCAGAAGAAAUUACUGGACUAGAUGUCUAUUAAUAUUGUCAUAAGAAAAUUGCUUAUUACAAAAUUCCUAAAUUUGUUAAGUUUGUUAAUGAAUUUCCUUAAACUAUUACAGGAAAACCGUAAAAAUUUAAGAUGAGGUAAGAAAUUAAUAAAGAAUUAGAAGAUCCUAAAUAUGUAGAACUAUACUAAAUAAGAUGAAGGUUCUUAUAAUAUAAUC